AUGUAUCAAACAAACUUUUUUAUGUUGGAUGACGAAUCAAUUGAUGAAAACGACGAGAGAAAUAUAAAAGUUUUUGUACGAAUUCUACCGCUUGAGAAACCAUGCGAUUCUUGCGCAAAGAUCAGUUCGGAUAAUAAGCAUAAAGGAAUAAUCCCGCGAUUCUUGUCUGAUAUUUUUGCGGAGAAGACGAAUCGAAGAAGGAUUAGCGACAUACGUUAUGGUUUAAGUUUUGUCGAAUUGAAGGGUAAAUACGUAAUCGAUCUCCUCACAACGCGAAAACGCAAAAUUUUCAAUGUUAACGAGUACAAUGCCUUCAAGAAUUUAACUAUAAUGAAUGUAGAGAAUGAAGAUGAAACUCUGGAAAAGGUGCUCGAAGGAGAAGCUAGAAGAUCAGUUGUGAAGGACACGAUGUAUCCAAUAUCACAUUUGGGUGCAGCUAUAAUUACUUUUCACGUUUCAAACACAAGUCUGAUAAAAUCGCAAGCCAUCGUAGCAACAGCCAAAAUACACAUAGUAGAAAUGGCUGGAAGUGGUACGGCAGGAAGUCCAUCGAGUUGUUGGAAAACAGCGACCGACUUGGGUAUGGCGAAUUUAAUGAGAACGCAGCUGGAACAAUACUUUGUAUAUCUCAGAAGACAAAGUGCGUGCAUGUACACUAUAAUUCGUUCGAAUAAUUUGCUGAAAUUGCUGAGAGACGCAUUCAGCAUCACAUCCAUCAUUCGCUUCGUGUUUCACAUCCGCAUCACGAGAGAAGAUCUCAAUGUUACUUUGUCGACCAUGCGAUUAAGCGCUGAAAUUGCCAAAUUGAAGCCGAUAAAAUCGGUACGGCACAUUCAACCGCAGACAGAGCUGAUCGUGCAACAGUUGCGAAAAGAAGUGAAAGCAUUGAAGAAAGAACUGGAGUUGAACGAUAUGUUUUUACAUCAGGAAUCAUUUAUGAACAUCUCAAAACUGAGGGCCGAACAGAUCAAUCGAGAUAUUAUGAAUUUUUUGAAGGGUUCCAUUUCAGAGUUAACUCUCUUUAAUGUCACUCAGGCACGACUGUUGGUGAAGGUCGCUAAAGAAUUAUACGACAAAUUAAUGGAAAAAGAGGUUGAAACGAAGCAAUUAAAGGAAGCGUAUGAAAAUAUGGUGAAUGUAUUGACGCAAGUAAACGAUUCUUUACCCAAAUAAUUGUUUUACUAAUAUUUUAUCUCUGUCACAAUAUAUCCAUAUAUAUAUAUAUAUAUAUAUAUAUAUAUGUGUGUGUGUGUGUGUGUGUGUGUGUGUGUGU